AUGGUGACACCACGUUUUGAUGUGAACGGAGCAUUGGUUGUUGAGCACUUGAAUAUUGCCCAGCAGAAGGUGAACUUGGUGGAUGUAAAGUCUAAAUGGCCGCAUCUAAAGGAAAUAGACAUACCGGAAGCGAGUAGUUGUGAUGUUUCGUUACUUAUUGGUAGUGACUGUCUAGACAUUAUCUUACCCAUUGAGACACGAUGUGGUCCUAGAGGAACUCCAGUUGGAAUUCGUACAAAGCUUGGUUGGACGAUAACUGGACCUCUUUCGGGUUAUAUGCGGACAUCCGAGGGUAUCUUCCAUACUUAUGUUCGUUCACCUGAUGAAGAGCUUCACAACCAAGUAAAGUUGUGGUGGCGUACUGAGGAAUUUGGAUGCAAGUAUGACGUGGAAACCCAAAGGUCGGUUGAGGAUGAGUCACAAUGGCCGGAAGACGUUACAAACCGAGUGGUCAACGAUAACAUUCCAGAUGUUGUUACUGAAAGCGAUGUUCAGUUUACCGGAAAAGUGACGACUCAGAGUGAACCGGAAGAACUAGUUAACCUUGCCAGAUACUCUUCGUAUUCUCGCGCGUUGACUGUUAUGGUGUAUGUACAACGAUUUCUGCGUAAUUGCAAAGUACCCGUGUCUGAAAGAACGUUUGGUAGUCCGUUAGUCGAAGAACUCGAAAAAGCAAAGAAAACUCUGAUUCGCCAAGAGCAAAUUAAAACAUUCACUUCGGAAUUUAGAGAGCUUAAACGUGGACGUCCUGUGCACAAGCAAAGUAAAUUAGUAUCUUUGACACCCUUCUUAGACGAAGAUGACAUAAUACGCGUUGGUGGUCGCAUUGGAAAGGCUGCUAUACCUUUUGUUACUCGGCAUCCGAUCUAUUGGAUUCUAGUGGUGAUCUAA